GCAGUGGGGACAAGAUAGCUUGCCUUUCAAGAGGACGUCUAAAACACGAUGUAAGGAAGUGUCUUUGAGGAAGCGUAACAAGAAUUAUCAUUAUCCUUACGGGCUAUCGAGAAAUGAGAGACAUAAAAAGAGUGCUCAAAAAUAGAGAGAGAGAGUGAGGAAGAGAAAGAAGAAAAUAUUUUGGGGCCGCAACAGUUUUGUAAAUCUAUAUAUGGCGACAAUAAGAUAAUUACAAACUCAUGUCAGAAUUAAUCGGAAAAGAAAGACUAAGUUAGCCGUAAAAAUGAAGUAAAAAUGCUUAAAUAAUUCUAUAUAGAACUAAGUAAAAAUUACUUUAGGCCCGGAAAAGCCGUAAAUUAAUUUUAGAUACAACAUUCAACAAUUUAGGGAAAUGGACUAUUUAAAUCAAUAAUUUUUAUAACUUAAUUAACUGCAAAGCAUCUAUGGCUUGUCAAUAUGUAAAAAGAAAAAGUAAGCCUAAAAUAGACCUAAUUAAAGCCAACUUAAUGCAUAGUAAUAAACUGAAUGACGAAUACUUUAUUUGACAUUUUCUUUUUUUUUUCCUUCUCUUUUUUUUCAGAAACAUAGAUAAAGCAUUGAAGGAACUUAUCCCUUAAUUUACCGUGUUCUUCUUGUCAUCACCUUCUUCAAAGUCCUUGCUGCUAUAAAACAACGUUAAUAGAAGAAAAUAGCUUGUGCGUUAACGAAUAAUAGUCCUAGGAGAAAAAAAAAACCUGCGCAAGAAUACAAUUUUCUCGAAAACAGCGCACGGCACAUUUGCUCUCUUCGCUCCUCAUCAUGAGCGCGUUCACCGUACCGGACGGCUUAACUGAUUUAUUACAAAAUUUUGCAGUGCAUGCAAUAAAGGAACAACCGGAAGACUUGUUAAAAUUUGCUGCUAAAUUCUUUUCUAAACGAUUAGAGGAGCGAGAUGGAACUACUACAACUACAAAUGCAAUGACAACAUCUUCCAUUCGAAAGAAAGUAGAUGUCAGAGAAAAUCGUAAUGAGUUAUAUGACGUUAGCGAGGAAUAUGAGAGAAUAUGCGAGUCGGAAGAAGAGAACAUUGAUGGAGGUCGGGUACCGAACUUAAAGUCUCGGAGAAAAUCUGUUGCGGCUGAACAUUACGAUCCAGAAACAGAUAAGGAUGAUUCUUUAAUUGUUCACCCAAAGUCGGCUGUACAGUGUAAACGACUAAAGUCAACUCUCCAAAAUUGUUUUUAUUUUCGUCACGUGGAUGGAGAGCAGAUGAAAUUACUGAUAGACGCAAUGUUUGAAAAGAAGAUAGAGCAUCCUAACGAAGUGGUAAUUAACCAAGGAGAUGACGGAGACUAUAUGUACGUUGUAGAAGAAGGGAAAUUUGAGGCUUUUGUCCUCAAGAACUCGAAUGGAAAAGACGGUAAAAAGGAAUAUGUUAAAACGGAACCGCCUAAAGUCUAUGAAAAUGGCGGAUUUUUUGGGGAAUUGGCUUUGAUGUAUAAUACGGCAAGAGCCGCUUGUAUUCUAUCAAAGACUCCAGGUAGAUUAUGGGCUAUGGAUAGACAAACAUUCAGAAAGAUUAUCAUUAGAUCAACUCACAAAAAACUGAAACAAUUCGAGGAUUUGCUUAAAAGUGUUCCUAUCUUUAAUGAAUUAACUCACUACGAGAGAAACAACGUCGCGUACGCCCUCCAAAGUAUAGAGUAUCCAGAUGGUCAUGUGAUUAUGAGGCAAGGAGAUAAAGCUGAUGCAAUGUACUUUGUCGAACGAGGUUCUGUUUGUUGUUUAGUUCAAGAGAAAGGAGAAGAAAAGGAAGUCAAUAAAAUUAUGCCAGGCGGAUAUUUCGGAGAACUUGCACUGCUAACUGACCAACCAAGAGCGGCUAGUAUAAUUGCGGUAGGGGACACUAAAGUUGCUAAAUUAUCACGGGAAGAUUUUAUUCGACUGUUGGGCCCUUGCCAAGAAAUUAUGAAGAGAAACAUUCACGAGUACGAAGAACAACUGGCUACAGUUUUCGGUUCGAAACACGAGAUAAAGCAUUUAAUUUAAAAUUAAAAAUUUACAACCAAAUACUUAACUUUAUAAAUUAAUUAACUAUUCUAUAUACAUAUAUACUUUACAUGUUUAUAAGCUAUAUAAGCGAAGGGAAAGAGAAAACCAUAAUACAUAAUAAAUAUGUAUAAUA